AUGUCGUGCUUUGUUCUUGGAACUAACCAUCAGCUACUCUUCCAGCUUACACUCACGUUGCCGGUGGUGGUGAUGGCAAUCGUGUCCGAGCUGAGUGUAGCAUCGGCCGAGGCAGCCGAGCGGCGGCGGCCCCUGUUUCGCCGGGCGAAACCCUCCACGACGCAGGCAGCCACCACCGACGACAGCGAGGGCUCGGAAACGAAGAUCAAGACGCCCGGGAAGGAUCUCUACACCGUGAGCGACUCGUUUUCGAUCGCCGGUAACACUGGAACCGAUGCGGCUCCGUCCGGGAGCUUCGCAGCGGAUGGCGAAAAACUGUCGUCAUUCUCCGAGUACAGCUUCGGCAGUACGAAGCUGUCCGCGGGCAGCGACUUCCACGGAGCGCACGGUUCGGACGAGGAGUCCCCAGGAUAUGGCGCUGGUUUCAAGAACCACAAGACCAAUGGUCUGCUGCCCACGACCUACGCCAGCAACAAGGAGCGCAAGCAGGGCCCGUUUGACUUUCUGGCCGGGGAUUACGCCAAGCCCAAAGGAUCACUGGGGAACGCAGCAGGAAUCCAGCAUAGUAACGCCUCUCUGCUCGGUUCGAAGCUGAAGCUGACGCCAACCCUGUCGGCGUCCUCGUCGGCGAUUAGCAGCAAAUUCUCGAUAUCACAUUCACCAGCAACCAGUGGCAGUAAGGUGAACAGCAAGCUCGCCCAUCUGGAUGACUCGACCGAGUAUGAUGUCUACUCCAGCCUGGGACACUCGUCGUCGUCGUCGAAAAGCAAAGUGAGCGGCGCUUCGAGCAAGUAUCGCCCGCUCGCGGCCAGUACGUCGUUCACUGCGAGCGGAUUGGACGGCAAGGUCAAGAAAGUGCCGUUCAAGUACGAGGACGGGGCCGGCAGCAGUCUGGCAGCAGGAGCGGGCAAAGGAAAAGGGACGAAGACGAAGUUAGCGCUGGAGCACGAUGGCGGCAACGUGUUCGGAGGCUUCGAGGAAGCGUACGGCAAGCACCAGCAGCAGCAGCAGCACGGAUUUCAGGGCUCCAAGGGCUCCAAGUUCAACUUUGCCGAACCACCCCCGCUCGUCAAGUCGACCCUCAACACCCUGAAACACUUCGGCGAGGGACUGCUAGGUAAUGGCCCGGACGGACCGCCGUAUGGGUCGGCGUACGAGGUCGACAGCGAUGAGUCGGGACUAGUGGGCCUGCCGCCCAGUAGCUUGCACUCAGGGCCGAGCUUUGGCCCGAAAUACGGCUCACCGUCGUCCUCGUCGACGUACUUUGGUCAUUUCGGUGCCAGCCCGACCGUGGCCGAGAGCCACGAGGUGUCCGGUGAGCGAGCUCCGGGUCUAAAGUCCAAGUUCCCGAAGUCGUCCCUGUCGCUAGCGCCGGGUGGCAAGUUCGCUACCGACUUUGACGUGAAGAACAUCAAGCUUACCGAUAGUGCCCAGCAACAGCACCACCACUACCACGUGCAACACCCACACGCAUCACACGCCACAACUGGUAGCAUAGACAACCCUAACCCACAGGACUUCCGUCCCAACUUUCCACUACAAGAUGUCCGCAAUUUGUAUCCUGCCGCCCAUCUAGGUGCCAGCAUCGCGACCAAGGGCCAGAUCGAGAGCUUCCUCAAAUCGGAGCACGGAGCGAAGCUGAAGGACGAGUCGCUGGUGGGGCAACUGUUGGGCGACCAGUCGUCGGGAGCGGCAGCCUCCCGGCCCGGCCACUAUCACCAGCUGGAGCAGACGAAGGAGGACAGCGCGCUCGAGAAGGAGGCGCUUCGGCAGCAGAUAGAGUACCUGAAGGCGCAAAGUGCCAAACAUCCCGUCGACCUGUCCGGCAACCCGAACCGCCCACCGAUCGUGUCCAACGCGCAAAAGUUUCGCCCAGUACGCCGCAUCCCCCUGCACGUGCGGCUCGGUGUGAAAGCUCCGUAUCCGUUGCCGCGCAUACCGCACUUCAACGACCGUCCGUACAGCAUCAGCUUCAAGAUCUGAAGCCCUGAAGGGACCCAGGUUGCUCCCAGGUGGGCAGGUG